AUGAAGGUUUUCAUGAUAGCUCUUGUGUUGGUGUUUUAUUUGAGUACUGUGUGCAAUGGAGAAUCUGAGAGUGUAGCAGCUCCAAUGGCGAAAGCUGAGCAAGAAACUCUGUACUCAACCAUUCAGAGCUUUGUCGGCAAAUGGUGGAAUGGUUCUGAUCUCUAUCCUGAUCCUUGUGGCUGGACUCCAAUACAGGGUGUUUCUUGUGACCUCUCUUCUGAUGGCUUGUGGUAUGUAACUUCCCUGAACAUUGGACCUGUUCAAGACAACUCACUAAACUGUGCUCCAAAGGUUGAGUUUAGCCCACGUUUAUUUGAUCUAAAACACCUUCAAUCCCUGUCAUUCUUCAACUGCUUUGUGUCAUCCCAUCAUCCAGUUACAAUCCCAACUGAUAAAUGGGAAGCUCUGGCCAACACAUUGGAGUCCUUGGAGCUCCGGUCUAACCCCGGCCUUGUCGGUUCGAUUCCGGCCAUCUUUGGAGGCUUCAAACAUCUUCAGUCCCUGGUGCUAAUUGAAAAUGGACUCAGAGGUGAAAUUCCUAUCAGCAUUGGCAGUUUAUCAAACUUGAAGAGGCUAGUCCUCUCUGACAAUCGGUUGACAGGGAAAAUCCCUGAUAGUUUGGGAAGCCUGAAUGGUCUUCUAAUCCUGGAUUUGAGCCGGAAUUCAUUGUCUGGUCCAUUGCCUUCAAGUUUAGGGGCAUUGGUUUCUCUGCUGAAGCUGGAUUUAAGCUAUAAUAACUUGACGGGAAACAUUGAGGGAGGACUGGGAAAUCUGAAGGAUCUGACACUCCUAGAUCUUAGUCAUAACAAGUUUUCAGGUGGAUUGACUAAAUCACUUGGGGAAAUGAGUUCCCUGGAAGAGUUAGUCUUGUCAAGCAAUCCCAUUGGUGGGGAUCUCAUGAGCUUUGAUUGGAAGAAUCUGAGAGGCCUAAUGGUUUUGGAUGUUUCCAACAUGAAUUUGACAGGUGGGAUUCCAAACUCCAUAUCAGAACUCAAGAGAUUGAGAUAUCUAGGUCUGAAUGACAACAAUCUAGCAGGGGAGAUUCCGCUAGAAAUUGCAAGUUUACCAAACAUAAGUGCAGUUUACCUAAAUGGAAACAAUCUGACAGGUGAGCUUAAAUUCUCUGAAUGGUUUUACGGGAAAAUGGGAAGGAGAUUUGGGGCUUGGAACAACACCAACCUUUGCUACCCAAAUGGGUUGAUGCCAACAAGCCAUGUUCCUUUUGGGGUAAAACCAUGUCAGCAAGAAGAAAAGAUUACAACUUUACAUGAAAAUGUCGAGCUUGGUGGAGUUUCCAUGGCUUCUUUGGGAGUUUCAAAUUAUGCUAAUUAUGGCUCACUGGGCCACAUAGUUCUGAUGGAGAUCUUUAUGGUGCUGGUCAUCUUGGAUUCUUAUUAUGUCCCCAAGUUUACUUGGUGGCUUUGCAGCCUUAACCUCGCCUUUCUUUCCCUGAAAGUUGACCGGAAAAGAAACAGGGAAGGACGAAGACGGAAGCUUGAGGCCGGAGGAGAUCAAAGGGACAGUUGGGGAAAUAAUCGAACCUCAUCAAUCGGAAUGGCUAUCUAUCGAGUUGCAUCUAGGUUGCCAUGGUCCAAAAGGUUCUUCAGCAGUGAUAACCGCUUUGGUGUUGAUAAAGCUGUGGCGGAGCUCAAUAAGGAAAUGGAAUUUGUAUUCGGAGACCCUCCACCUUCUAGUUUGGCUGGUUCUGGCUACAACCCUGCUAUGAGGGCUACUUUACAUAACUCCCACGAUCAAGAACAAGAAUUUGUUGAAAAUACGUAUGGUUCUACCUUGACUCAUGUUGACAGCAAAGGUGAAGCACAAAUGGUUGAUGUGUCUCUUAAAGAAAUAAGCAAGAGGGUUGCUCGUGCUAGCUGCAAAGUCUUACUAGGGAAGGAAGUGUUUAGUUUGGUCUCAGCCAACCAGAUAGAAAAAGGGGAUGUCCUAAGUGUGGCGAAAAUUGCUGGCAUCUGUGGAGCAAAACAAACAAGCAGCCUUAUUCCACUAUGUCACAACAUCAACUUGACUAAUGUCCAUGUUGAUUUGUCUCUGAACCCUGUGGAUUUUAGUGUCGAUAUAGAAGGUGAAGCUGCUUCGACAGGAAAAACAGGUGUAGAGAUGGAAGCUCUGACCGCUGUUUCUGUUGCUGGGCUAACCGUGUAUGAUAUGUGCAAAGCUGCUUCAAAGCAUAUUCAGAUUACUAAUGUACAACUUGAGCAUAAAACUGGAGGAAAAAGUGGAGAAUGGAGCAGACAAAAUUCAUGA